CGUUUAUUGUAUUGUGCGAUUUGUGCGAGUGCGAAACAAAUGUGUCGGUUGGCUGACCAGUGACCUUUAUUUACAUUGACGUCGAGGAAGAGAAAGUUAACAAUAUUUGAAGUCGAAUAAAGGUUUUUACAGCUUGUUCUAAAGUAUGGAUCUAGCUAAAGCUCUGUUCAGUUCGCGUGACCAUGAUGGCUACGUCGGGCGUGAAGACCACGAAAGGAAAAUCAGUUCGGCCCUUGCAGAUGACGACCCAGAAGAUGUAAUCAAUGCAAUCCAUGACUUAAAUGUCGCUGAAGAGUUGUUUCCAAUACCAGGAGGAGCUUUUUCUGCUCUCACACUCAGCAUGGUACCUCAAGAUAUAAUGGUUAAGUUAGCCCAACCGGAGUCAGAAGGCCACGGACAUGGCCUGCCAAACUACAGAUUUGAUGAAUUUGGCUUCUGUGUUGACGACGAAGAAGAAAUGGAACAAAAUCCCAACAAAGUGCAGCCUAACACAUUGUCUGAAGAUGAUCAACAUCGUCUGCAGUGGGAGUUCUACAGCAAAGAAAUUAGUUUCGCAGAAGGUGGCAAACUGGAAAAGACGGAUAAAUUACAGAGAAUGGUCAAAGAUGGGGUCCCUCACUCUCUCCGACCACAGGUUUGGAUGAACUUAUGUGGGGCUAAUAAAAAAAGAUCCUCAACUGAAAUUACUUAUCAUGAAAUUGUUAGAGCAUCAAGUGAUGAUGGUUUAGUUACAAGUAAACAAAUUGAAAAAGAUUUGGUUCAAAUCCUUCCAAAUAAUGUUUGUUUUUCCCACCCAACAAGUACUGGAGUUCCCAGAUUACGCAGGAUCCUCAGAGCCCUGGCUUGGCUUUAUCCUGAUAUUGGGUAUUGUCAGGGUACAGGUAUGAUUGCUGCUUCUCUUCUACUACUAAUGGAAGAAGAGGAUGCUUUUUGGAUCAUGUGCACCACGGUGGAAGACCUCUUGCCAGCAUCAUAUUAUUCUUCAACAUUGAUUGGCAUACAGGCAGAUCAAAAGGUGUUAAGAAGUCUUAUUUCAACAUACUUGCCAGGAAUUGACCAAGUUUUGAAUGCCCAUGACAUAGAACUUUCAUUGAUUACUAUGCAUUGGUUUUUAACAUUAUAUGCUAAUGUAGUCCAUAUGAAAAUAUUAUUAAGGAUUUGGGAUUUGUUUUUCCUUGAAGGCUCAAUUAUACUCUUCAAAGUCACUUUGGCCAUGUUAAAAAUUAAAGAAAAUAGAUUUACUGAAAUAUCAAACUCUGCACAGAUCUUUAAUGCCCUAUCAGACAUACCAGGUGAAAUUGAUGAUGUAGAAAUGCUCAUAAAAACAAUAGAUGAAGUAUGUGGUGACACAUUGAGUCCAGCAUUGAUAGAGACACAUCGCAGAAGACACUUGGCAUAUCUGAUGGCUGACCAAGGAGCAUUAGUGGGCAAUCCCAGUGCAGUUCCUAACCUGCCUAAGCAACAGCUGCAUAGGCGGCAAAUUAAAAAAAGCAAAUCUGUUAUACAAACUAUUUUGUUUGGAGAUGACAGCAAUAAUGAGGAUGCAGUUUCUAAAAAUGUCAAGCAAACUGAAAUAUUAGUUGAUCUUCGUGAAGCAAUCUUACAAGUUGCUCGUCAUUUUUUAGCCUUAGAACCACAACUAGCAUCUGAAAUUCAACUUACAGCAGAUUAUACCAUGCAAAGUCAUGCAGCGGACCGAGAAAGAUAUGUAAAUGUAUCUAGAAGUAAAAGACGACGAGCUAAGGCUCUCUUAGAUUUUGAAAGAAGAGAUGGCGAUGAGUUAGGAUUCAGAAAAAAUGAUGUCAUUGAAGUCAUCAGCUCAAGAGAUGAGCAUUGUUGGAUUGGUGAAUUAAAUGGCCUGCGAGGGUGGUUCCCAGCAAGGUUCGUUAAGCUGCUGGAUGAAAAAGGGGUGAAGUAUAGUAGAGCAGGAGAUGAUUCUGUCACUGAAAAGGCAGCUCACUUAGUACGAGGAGUUCUGGCACCUGCUUUUAAAAGAGUUCUUUUACAUGGUAUAAAGAGACCUAGUUUUCUAGAUGGUCCCUGCCAUCCCUGGUUAUUUAUUGAGGAAGCCUCAUCUCGAGAGGUAGAAAAAGAUUUUAAUUCUGUUUACAGUAGGCUGGUCUUGUGUAAAACAUAUCGGCUAGAUGAAGAUGGCAAAGUUUUGACCCCAGAAGAAUUACUGUAUAGAUGUGUUCAGGCCAUCAAUUUAUCACAUGAUAAUGCACAUGCUCAGAUGGAUGUAAAAUUACGUACAUUGAUUUGUAUGGGUUUGAAUGAAGAAGCCUUGCAUUUAUGGCUUGAAGUUCUGUGCUCGUGUGUUGAUAUUGUUCAGAAGUGGUACCAUCCUUGGUCAUUUAUUAACUCACCUGGUUGGGUACAGAUAAAGUGUGAACUUCGAAUAUUAUCACAAUUUGGGUUUAACUUGAAUCCAGACUGGGAAUUGCCACUAAAAAAAGACACCCAAAACCAACCAUUAAAGGAAGGUGUUCGAGAUAUGUUAGUAAAACACCACUUAUUUUCUUGGGAUCUCUAAUUAUGAAGGACUAUUCAAUAUACUUGUUUAUAUUUACCUAAGCAAAUGUUAUAUGUACAGUCAGCCAAGAAAG